AUGAAUAUUUGUACAAUCUUAAAGUUAGUAAAAUUUUUUAUAAUUUGCAAACAAAUAUGGGCAACAGAAAACAUAAAUGUAUUGAAGUAUGUAUACCUAUAUAGUCAAUAUUUUAUUUUUGUAGAUAUGUAUUAUUAUGUGUCAUUUACUUAUUGUUUUAAAAUUUUGAUAGAGAGAUAAAAUCGGAAUCUGAAUUUGAAAAUUUGGCUGUAGAUUUAACGUAUAAAUGGAUAGAUACCGCUACAUGCUUGAAUUUAAUACUUGAUCAAUAUCAUAAUAAUUUAUUAGACAAAUCAUUUUAUCAUUCAUUCAUUGGAAUACCUUUUUUUAAAGUAAUUUAAUAUUAUUAAUAUAUAACAGUAUUGUGUGCGAAAUAAUAAUAUUUGAAAUAUUUUAAUUUAAUUUUGCCGAAUUAAUUUAGAUAUUUGUUAACGACUCUGAAGAUCUGUUAUCACCAAAAUUUCAAAUGUGGCAAAUUUUAAAUCAGGUUAGAAAACAAGGUUGCAAUAUGAAUAUAAUAUUUAUAUUAAAUGCUGAUCAAACAAUAAGAUUAUUGAAAUUUAGUGAUAAGUAAGUUUUACAUAAGUAUUAAGUACCUAUACAUAACUAUUAUCUUUGAAUUAUUUAAAAUUUAUAUUAAUGAAAUAUUUUAGGCAUAGAAUGUUGAAUUUAAAUUCUAAAUUCGUUUUGUUACACGAUCGUAGACUUUUUAUUAAGGAACAUCAUACUUUAUGGACAAAAAUUAUAAAUGUUGUAUUUAUUAGAAAAUAUCGUCUAAAGGAAAUAUACGAAUUGUCUACUGUUCCAUAUCCUACUCCAAUUAAAGGAGUAUUGGUUACGCUUAGACUAGAUUUAUGGAGUAAACGGAAGUUUCAAAAACAAACCGACUUAUACAGGAAUAAAGUUUCAGAUUUACAAGGGAACUCGCUUAAAGUUGUUACUUUUAAUUUCAUUCCAUCUGCUAUAAAAAGUGCAUUAACAAAUGAUGAAAAUAGUGGUUAUAACAAGGGCUUAGAAAUUGAGGUUUUAUUAAUCAAAUAAAGAUUCUAUUUAAAGUACCGAUUACACUUUGUUUUUUUAGGUUUUAAAAUCCCUUGGAAAUGCAAUGAAUUUUAUUCCAGUUAUUUAUGAACCAAUGAACUGGCGUACUGAGCAAUGGGGGAGAAAACAAAUGAAUGGAACAUUAUCUGGAUUGUUGGGUGAAAUGUGGUCUGCUCGUGCCGACUUAGCACUUGGCAAUUUACAUUAUACACCUUAUCAUUUAAAUAUUUUAGAUUUAUCUAUUCCUUACAACACUGAAUGUUUAACAUUCUUAACAUUUGAAUCAAAAACAGAUAAUUCAUGGAAAACAUUGAUUCUUCCAUUCAAGUAAAAAUACAAGAUAUUAUUGUUAUAAUCGUAUAGACAGUAUUAAAGAAAUAAUGUUAUUCAUUAUUACCAACAUUUUUAGAUUGAAUAUGUGGGUCGGUGUACUUAUUACACUUCUUAUUGGAGGAUUUUUAUUUUAUGCUUUAGCUACAGCACAUAAACAUAUUGAUGAUGAUGAAAAUACUAUUGAAACAAUAAGUGAUACUAAAGAAUUGGAAAUAAACAAAAAUAUGACAGCUAAAAAUAUUUUUAAUAUUUUAAAAAAUAAGUUUAAAAAACCAAAAAUAUUAGAGGACAAAAAAUUGUUCAUAAGUUAUACAGGAAAUAACAAGUUGGAUCAACUUACAAACAAAGAUGUGGUUGGAUUAUAUUUAUUUGAGCAUAUUGGCAAUAGUAUUUUGUAUACUUAUGGAAUGUUAAUUGCUGUUUCAUUACCAAAAGUACCUACUGGAUGGGCCAUUCGAAUUUUAACAGGAUGGUGGUGGAUAUACUGUUUAUUAGUUGCAGUUGCUUACAAAGCAAGUAUGACUGCAAUUCUUGCUAAUCCAGAUACAAGGUUAUUAAUGUUGUAAUACAAAUUAAAAAAUAUGAACAAAUAAUUAUCUUAUUUUAUUUAAUACACUCAUAAAUUAAUGAAUUUAUUAGAAUUACAAUUGAUACAGUAGAAGCUCUUGUCGAUAGCAAUGUUGACUGUGGAGGAUGGGGAGAGCAAUCAAAGGAAUUCUUUAUGACUUCUUUAGAUAAAAUAGGGCAAAGAGUUGGUCAAAAAUUUGAAGAAGUUUAUAAUGUUGAUGAAGCUAUUGAUCGGGUAUCAAAAGGGCAAUUUGCAUACUAUGAUAAUAUAUAUUUUUUAAAAUAUGUAAAAGUGAUGCAAAAAAAUAAAACAUAUGGACAGGAUAUACAGUUAAUUAAUGGUAAUAAGUAUAUACUAUCUAAUAUUCAUUACUUAUUUUAGACCUUUUUUUAAUCAUCUUUGACCUUAUUUAGGUUUUAAAUGAUAUGUGUACCUAUUUUAAGGAAUUAAUUUUAAAAUGUUUCUAAAUUAAAAUCCUUAUAACAAGAAAAUUCUUUAUAUAAAAUUAUUACUUUUAUUUAAAAAUAUAUAUCUUUUAAAAUGUGUAUUUGGUUCCAUAUUUAUUUAUUUUCUUUGAGUAGUAAAUAUAAAAUACUUUAUGUUAAUAUUUUAUCUUUUAAAAGUAUUGGAAAUUUAAAUAAAUUAAAUCUAAUUAGACUUACAUUAUUAUAAUAUAUUGGAUAAAUGAUAUUACUUCUGAAAAGGCUCUAUAGUAUGACAUUAAAAAAAUAUAUAUAUAUAUAUAUAAAUUCAAUAAAUCUAAAUUUACAGUUUAUUUUACUAAUCUCCACAGAAUUAAUAAAAAUAUAAUUUUUUCAUAAUUUAAAUUUAAUUGUAUGAUACAAUAUAUAUUAAAUUUGUUUGUUGUAGGUACUAUGAAUGGCACAAGUAAUGGAGAUUUUACACUUUAUAUAAUGCCAAAUUGUAUAAUUAAUAUGCCAAUAUCAUUAGGGUUACAAAAAAAUUCUCCAAUCAAGUCAGUUAUCGAUAGAUUUCUAAGAAGAGUAACAGAAGCUGGUUUAGUGAAAAAAUGGUUAAAUGAUGUAAUGUUAGAUACGGUAAUUCUAGAAGCACAACAACAAAUUGAAGAAGUCAAAGCACUCAUGGACUUAAAAAAACUAUAUGUUGCAUUUGUUGUUUUAAUUUCUGGUUAUAUUUUCAGUAUACUAGUUUUUUUAUUUGAAAUAGGUUAUUGGUAUGGAGUGAUAAAAAAAAAUCCACUAUUUGAUGAGUAUUCAUUAAACUGUUAUUAUACACACAAAAAAUAUUAA